AUGAAAGGACUAAUAUUCUGCGUUUUCGUCAUCAUGAUGCUCACACCCGCUCGAGGUGAGGAGGAGGAGCAGCUGGAGCAGCUGGUAGAGUCUGUGGUAUUGGAACAGGAGGAAGAGUACCUGGAGUGUUUCCGCUGUGACCUGGGCUUCUGGGAUGCCUGCUACACGACCGAAACCAACUGCAGCCGCGGGGAGCUCUGCUACACAGGCCGUGGGAGAGCAGCUGAUGCUCUGGAUGUAAAGACGCUGGGCUGUGUAAAGGCAGAGGAGUGUGAUGUGGAGACCACCGUGGAGCUCUUUUCAAACAACACCAUUUUCGCCAUGACCAAACACUGCUGCGACACGCCCUUCUGCAACUCGGCACAAACACUUUCUGGCUACACAAUUGGGCAUCUUGCGGUGGCUUUCUUAACUGCCUGGCAUCUAAUCGAAGCCUUGACGUGA